AUGCAUGGUGACCUCGAAGACACCGUGAUUUUGCAAGACAAAGACAAUGAAGAUCUGCAUUUGCUUGUGGAUCUGUUGGAGAAAGGUUUCAGGCUGACACAUGAUCAUUGGAAAAGAAAGAUUGUGAAGAGAGACGAUGCAUUGCAAUACAUUUCAUCGCAGUCAUAUCUCUAUCCCCAUUCAAAAAGAGCGAGACAAAACUCAAGACCUUCUCCUUCAGACGAGUCAGUAGAGGCGAAGCUUGACCAGCUCAUGAAGAUAUUCAAAGAUAGACAGAGACAUAUCCGUUUUUGA